ACGCGGCCGGUUGAACUGCGCGUGCGGCUAAGCGGAAGCUACGGUAGGAGCCGCAGCGCGCGUGGUCAGCGGCUAUGGAGGGAGCAAAGCGUGCAGACGCCAAGGUACUCACUGACACCGGAACAGAGUCCAGCCCUCGAAGUCCUGUCUGCAGCCUCCGGCACUUUGCUUGUGAGCAAAACCUGCUGUCCCGGCCAGAUGGAUCUGCUUCUUUUCUGCAAGGUGAUACCUCUGUCCUGGCUGGAGUCUACGGGCCAGCCGAAGUGAAGGUCAGCAAAGAAAUCUUCAACAAGGCCACCCUUGAAGUGAUCCUGAGGCCAAAGAUCGGGCUGCCUGGUGUGGCCGAGAAGAGCCGGGAGCGACUGAUCAGGAAUACCUGUGAAGCAGUGGUUCUAGGGGCCCUGCACCCCCGUACCUCAAUCACCGUGGUGCUGCAGGUGGUGAGCGAUGCUGGCUCUCUCUUGGCCUGUUGCCUGAAUGCUGCCUGCAUGGCAUUGGUGGAUGCAGGUGUGCCCAUGCGAGCCCUCUUCUGUGGGGUCACCUGUGCCCUGGACUCUGAUGGAAAUCUCGUGCUGGACCCCACAACCAAGCAAGAAAAGGAGGCCCGGGCCAUUCUGACCUUUGCUCUGGAUAGCGCGGAGCAGAAGCUGCUCAUGUCCACCACCAAGGGGCUCUAUUCUGACUCGGAGCUCCAGCAGUGUCUGGCUGCCGCCCAAGCCGCCUCACAGCACAUCUUCCGCUUCUACCGGGAAUCGCUGCAGAGGCGCUACUCCAAGAGCUGAGACAAGCCAGGGUAGGGCGUCCCUCCCACCACGCCCACUGCCAACCACCGCCACAAGCUGGCACUCCGCUGUGCCUCUGUCUGUGCCCAUGUAGCUUUCGGUCCUGUCACAGCAGGGACUCCUGCGCCAGGCUGGGGAGGGGGCUUAGAGACAUUCCAGGCCUGGGCACAACCCUCCCUUCAUCGGGAUAUCAUUAAAAAGGGCUCACUUGUGUUGAGUGAGUGAGUCAAUAGCCACUGA